CAACCACCCGAAAUUUUUAUUCAUACUAAUGUUGUGUAUACGCGUGUGUGUGGUCCCCCCCCUCAUCUCUUUAAUUGAUUUCAAUCGAAAAAUACCGAAAUUAAUACGCGGUAAUAACGUAAUCGAAGCAAUAAUGAAAUUGUUGAUCUAUAUCGUCCCUCGACCAAUAAUAUUAUUUCCUCGUGAAUAAUUGAUGCGCCCGUUUCAAAAAACGCACGAUUACGGUCCUGCGCUCACAAUUAAUUGCCAAUCAUUUAAUUACCGACUCGUCUAAUUAAGCCACGAGUCGAAAAAAUCCUUACACCCCCACCACCCCUCCGCACCCCCAUCUUGAUGCGCAAAGAAUCGCAAAGGGGUAGAAAGAGCAACCCCCACCAAGCCAAUAUAGAGAGGGUAAUAUUUUGAAUUAUGGUUAUAAAGCACUGACAUUUGAUGAAGAUAUCAGUGGUCGGUGACGAGUGAGUGAUAUGUACUCGCUGUACAGGGCCUGGCUGUCUUUGGGCCCGUGCCCCAUUCCGGCCCUGCCUCCGGCGCCCCUCAACCUCACGGCCCCCGCACAGGGCGCCCCCGACGUCGCCCUCCAAGUCGGGCCCCAAAUGACGCACUUUGCCGCGCACAGGGCCGUCCUCGAGACACACAGCGGAUUUUUCAAAGCGGCUUUACUCAACCACGCAGACGCCGCCCCCAUUGCCGUCCCCAACGUCAACGUGGACGAAUUUUCGUCCCUUCUCACGUUCAUGUACACCGGCUACUUGGAUCUCAACCUCAGCAAUAUAUACAAUAUUCUACUCGCCACUCACAUCCUGCACAUGCCACGUGCCCUUGAGAUUUGUCGUUCUUUCCUCCUCCAAAGCCAGCCCACUUUGCCACGCCCCGCAAUAAUUAAACCAAUCCCGAGUCGUAAAACGGCACCCCCCACCCAACAAAUCCACGCCCCCACCUAUGGUCACUUGGAGAAAUCUGAGGCUACGCCUUUUAAAACCGUCGUUACGCAAAGUCGAGCAUCGACGUCGAAGACCGAAGACGCGCCGACCGAAAAACCGAAAAGCGAAAAACCGAAAAAACGCCGCAGCGAAACAAGUGCCAGUGGAAGCGAGAAGGUUAUUAUCGACAUCGCUUGCUGCGAUGGACCUGUGAGGUUUCACCGUGUGAUUAAUAAAAAUUACGGACAGCAAACGCAAAGUGAAAAUGUUUACGAUCAAGUGGACGAAGUUAAUCGAAAUGCUGCAAUGAAUAAGGCGAUGACGGAGAAUAUCAGAGAUCGCGAAUUGUCGGAUGAGAAUCAAGCAGGCAGCGAGAUGUUCACUUGUUUGUACUGUAACCACACGUUCAAGUCGCAGUAUUGUUACCAGAAGCAUGCCCGAAGGCACUUGAAUCCCGUUAGCCUUGACGGGAAAAAUGUGGCAACGGUGCCCAAAGAAAACAAGCGAGAGGUGAAGUUACUAGAUAUGAACGUACAGUAUUAUCCUUGUAAGACGUGCGGCUCGAAAUUCCCUAGUUACUAUUUUGUUCACAAGCACCGCAAAAUGUGUCACGCCGACAAAAUGGCCGAUAAUAACAACAAAAACAACGAAAUGGUGCCCGAAAACAGUGACAGCAGCAGCGCCAUCGACGUGGAAGCUGUCAAUAAUGACGUUUAAACUCAAUAAAUGUAUCAAACUUU